UUUUGUUAUUUCGUCCUCGCACGUCAUUCAUAGGAUCUGAACAGCAGCUACUACAAUGACUAUGUGAAGAAGCUGCUCAAGAGGAAGAAGCACAUCAAAAUCAGAAUAUCAAGCUCAGAGACGCCCAAGCUGCCUCACAGAAUCAUGGAUGCUGUAAAAUCGUACAUUUAUACGCCAGAGGAAGCUUUUAGGUUCCCUUUAAAGUUGGCCAUAUCUGGUGUGGUGUCGUUCAUCACACUUUAUCAGGUGGGCCUGCUGCUAAUCGUGGCCGUGGUGCCGACGCUCCAAAUCGCCCGCAUGGGAGUCGAUGAAGACAUUGCCAACGUUUUAGCCGGUUUCAGGAUCAUGCUCUCUCCUGAUAAACAAGAAGUGGUCCGAAUCGUAAUCUAUUACAUUUGGUGCGUCGAGGUAUGCUACAUCUCAGCGAUGACCCUGUCAACGCUCGUCAACUUGGCAAUGUUCAUGAGGUCCAUGGUCCUCCAUCGGUCCAACCUGAAGGGGCUGUACAGGGGAGAUAUCUAUAAUGUUUAUAACUGCCAGAGAAGUAUUCGGGCUUCCCGGCCAGCUCUGGUCUGCUGGAUGGGAUACACCAGCUUCACGGCGGCUCACAUCUGCAUCGGCAUGAUUGUACAAACCAUGGUGUUCUUCCUCUGUCUUCUCAUUGCUGUCUUCCUCAUUAUCAUGCCCAUCCUACACGGACAGAACUUGUUCCUGUUUCAGCUCCUGUGGAGCAUGUGGCCUUUCUGGCUGAUGAUUCUCCUGGCUGUGCUGAUUCAGCAUAUCACUUCCAGGUUUUGUUUUAUCAAAAGGGUGGCUGGCACGCGAGACCUUGACAACAGGGGCAACCUCUUCCUGCUGACCUACCUGCUGUUUCCAGUCAAUGUUCUCAUCGGGGUGCUGCUCGCUGUCUGGCGUAUGAUCAUCACAGCCUUGUUCAACAUUGUUCACAUGGGACGCAUGGAUAUCAGCCUUCUGAACAGAAAUGUGGAGGCAUUUGAUCCAGCCUACCGCUGUUACGCUCAUUAUCUGAAGAUUGAGGUGAGCCAGUCCCACCCUGUGAUGAAGGCUUUCUGCGGGAUGCUGCUGCUGUCUGCAGGCCAGAACAACGACGUCGUGCAGAGGUCACGGGACGCCGAAGAGGGUAUCCAGCUGGUCCAGCAGGAGAAAAAGCAUCUGAAAGUGCCCAGUGCCAAGCGAGCCCGGGGCCACUGGCAGCUCCUCUACACGCUGGUCAACAACCCGUCCGUGGUGGGCACCAGGAAGCACUUCCAGCAGCGCGUGGCCACCGAGAGCUUUGUCAACGGGAGCCUGAAGGGCAGCAGCAAGAAGGAGGCCGAGGCGGCCGCCUGCAACUGAACAAUGGGGGCCUGUCUGAAUAAAUGAUAGUCCUGUUGUGGGUUUUUUUUUCUGCUCCUUGUAUAGUUGCGCAGGUAGAGAUCAGUGCCUCUUGUCCUCCCAUUCUCUGCUUUGUUCUGCGCAUCAUGUUGUCUCCCGGUGGGGAACAUGUGAGGGGGGGCCUCACAGUCUCCAGUUAUAGGGGAGGAGCUGCUGUAGGCACCUCACCACCAUGAUGAGCAACCCUCCACGCAUUUACUUCAAUACCACUUAUUUGCCUCUCCUCAAAAUAUAAGGCGAAUCAGUAUGUUGUCACUUCAGAUCACGCAAAUGACCCAAAGUCAACACAUGAAUGUGCUAAACACCAUUUCAAGAGGGUAUUUAUUCCAGAACCUGACUAUUUAUACAUUUACAGAAUCCUGUUUCUUAGACUGGGUUGUCAGUUGCGCACUUAUUUCCUAUUGCAUAUCAAUUUUUGUGUGAUUACAAAUAACGCGGAGUUGGGAAUGACCCAAAAAAAAAUGAAACAUUUGUAUUGCAG